CUUCCCUCAAAAAAAAAAAAAGGCAGCCCAGCCUACCGCUGCUCCGCCUCACUAUCGGCGGCGCGCAGGAGAGCUGCCGGCGGUGUUUGUUGCCGCAGCGGCCAUGAGGUGAUGACGGCGGCGACGCACGGCACGUAAGCUGCGCCUAGAUCCCGCGCGUCUCCCACGAGGAAGAUGACGGCGGGGCGGCAACAUGAGGCGCGUCGCCACGUUCGCCAUCGCCUUUCGGAGUGAAUCAAGCGGGGCCGGAGCAGCAAGUCUACGCAGGGCGGCAUGAGAAGUUGAUGGCGGCGCGCGCGGCAUGGAGAACGCGGGCGUCGUCUUCCUUAAUUUCCGGCUGCUCCAACACACGCGUCGGCGCAGGACAUACAUUGACAGGAAGUGCACAUUCACUGGAACUGUUUUUAUCAGAGGCAGAAUUAUUGCUGGAACACGCCACAGUGCAAAGAUGAAUAGGACUAUUAUUGUCCGCAGAAACUGCCUUCAUUUUGUGAAAAAGUAUCAUAGGUAUGAGCAGAGGCACCCCAGUAUUCCUGCUCACAUUUCUCCUUUCUUCCGGGUCAAGGAAUGAGACCAUGUCAUCAUUGGCCAGUGCUGUUAAGCACACCUCUUUCGCAUGAUCUCAUGGUCCUCUUUUGGAUAUGAGCAUUUGCUAAUUGUCAGGGCGAACCAAUCUUUGAAGCAACUACUUGAUCAGAUAAUGCCUGGAUUCUGACAGUGACAUGAACCCACCUUUUCACUUCAGGAAAUGCUUCAUUGUUUAGAUGAUAGCUGUUCCUGUGGGCAACUGGCUUGUGCGGCGUCUCAAGCUUGAAGAAAGGAGAUCGGUUGUUUGCAAGGCAUGCAAUUUAGGCUGCUUCUUAAAGCACAUUCGAUCCUGUUAAAAUGCCCUGAGACCCAUCUCAUAUUCCGAAGCAAUAGUGAGACUUCCAGCCAUACAAAUGAGCACCAAAGCCAUUUCCCUCUAUUUCUGUGUACCUGCUGCAUUUCUGCUCUUCUUUGCCCAUCUCAAUAACCCAACCACUUCAUUCCUUCGAGCCCUGCUUGAUCUUGCAACACCAUCCUUUCCAUUUAAUUUGCUCACAGUUCAUUAUUUUUCUAACUAUCAUUGCCAUCGUGGUGCAUACAACCCGCUUUGCAAUGAUUUCCCUCCGGACUUCCCACCGCCUGACACCGCAGCAACAUCGAUCUUCUGUGUCGAUCCCAAUGGCUGCUGUGACUUCACCACGGUGCAGUCCGCGGUUGAUGCUGUGCCAAGAUCCAGCCAAAAGAGGAAUGUUCUGUGGAUCAAUAAGGGCAUCUACCUUGAGAAAGUGACAGUCCCUGCUACCAAGCCCAACAUCACAUUUCAGGGGCAGGGAUUUGAUCUGACGGCGAUCAUGUGGAAUGACACAGCUAACUCGUCACAUGGAACCUUCUACAGCGCUUCAGUUUCUGUCUUCGCCACCGGCUUUGUCGCGAAGAACAUCAGCUUCAUGAAUGUAGCACCAAUUCCAAGACCCGGUGAUGUCGGUGCUCAGGCAGUCGCUCUGAGGAUCGGUGGUGACCAGGCGGCAUUCUGGGGCUGUGGCUUCUUUGGGGCACAAGAUACACUGCACGAUGACCGGGGCCGGCAUUACUUCAAGGAAUGUUUCAUUCAGGGCUCCAUUGACUUCAUCUUCGGAGAUGCUAGGUCACUCUAUGAGAACUGCAGAUUGAUUUCCAUAGCAGAUCCUGUGCCUGCAGGGGUGAGAUCCAUCACUGGUUCAGUUACUGCGCAUGCCCGGGAAUCCAACAAAGAAAACACCGGCUAUUCAUUUGUCAACUGCAGCAUCGGCGGCACCGGGUGGAUAUGGCUCGGGCGAGCAUGGAGACCUUACUCCCGUGUUGUAUUCGCAUACACUACGAUGUCAAAUAUCAUCGCCUCCGAUGGAUGGAAUGAUUGGAAUGAUCCUUCAAGAGAUCAGAGUGUGUUUUAUGGAGAGUACAAGUGUACAGGCGAUGGCGCACACCUGGCGGGCAGAGUGCCGUAUGCUCUUGAGCUCAGCGACGUGCAAGCAUUGCCUUACUUGAACACAUCUUUUAUUGACGGUGAUCUAUGGCUGAAACCAUACUGCGACUCACUAAUAUCUGCAUGAAGUCAUAAAUUCCCAGUUUAAAGUUAUCUAGCAUUGUAUCACAGACAAGCAAAAGGAACAAGUUAGCACAAGUCCAUUUGUUGGAUUCUCUCACAUACCAUAUAGUACAUUAAAUCACCUGUGAAAAGUACAUCAUUUGGAAUUUCAGAAAUACUCCCUCCGUCCCACAAUAUAAGAACGUUUUUGACACUAGUGUAGUGUCAAAAACGUUCUUAUAUUUUGGGACAGAGGGAGUAUAUUGGUUUCGACAAAGAUUGGAUUGUCCUCUGUCACUAAUCUACAUUUACUUGACCUGGUCAUUGUAGCUGUAAUAUGCAUAUAUGAAACAAAAAACAGUCAUGGUGAAAGAAAUGAUCUGCACAUUAGAUCUAAUAAACCAAUGAGAGAAAAGGAUACAUGUCUUUAAGAUAGGUUCACAAGUGUGAGAAGAAAGUUCACAGUUGCAAAUCGUUCUGAAUACACAUUUGGUUGUUGCCUGCUAUCUACUCUGUGCUUUCGGUAACAUCAGCUGAACAGUUCAUUUACAUUGCAUGAAUAACUGGUGAGGUGGAAGAGAGACAAAGGAAAAAAGAGGUCUUGCCUUCUCUUAGCCAAGAGAUUAUCCCUUAUGAAGAAAGAUAAGAGAUGUGUCAUCAUUAUAUGGGAUUUUUUUUGUCUUCACAUGUUUUCUAUUUUUUUAAUCAUUUCAUAAUUUCAGGGUCUUGUAAAUUUGAAUGGUAGAGAUAACAAUUGACUAUAAUACAUUGUAUAACAUGUACUAUUGCUUUCUCUAGAUGAUGUGAAAUACAUAAGGAAAAGAUUUCAUCGAUAAUUGUAUAUGCCAUACAUAAAUCAAAGUAACGCUACGAUAGUUACUCAUAACACGAAAAUGCAAUUUCUAGCUAUUGCGAGUAAUAGUGGUCGCUCGCUCACACGGUGCCCUGUUGUGGUCCAGGCCAAUAGCUAAACUUGCCUACACACUUUUUUUGUUUAUAUGAUUUUUGAAAUGUGAAAACAAUUCUGGUAAUUACAUGAACAUUACACUUGUAUGAAUAACUUAGUUUUAACAUGUGAAUCAAACUGUGAUUGGAUGGUUAGAAGGACACUGGUAUCCCCAGCCCAUCAGGGUUCAAGUCCUGGUGCUCGCAUUAUUCCUGGAUUUGUAAAUCUCAAGAUGUCAUGCCGGCUCAGUCUCUCGGAGGGGGUAGGGUGUGCAUGUGUGCCUUCAUAGGGGUAAGUGUAUGCGCAUAUGUAUGAGCGCUCGUGUCUGUAUUGAUGUUAAAAAAAAACUUAAUUU